GCCGUGGAUCAACUUCUUGCCUGCUGCCACCAUCAUCUCCGCACCAUUGCUGCUGCUUGCACCCUGUGUGUGUCAUUGCCCUCCAUCCCCUGUGUAGCGCUUUGCCACUUGCUUGCCACGUUGCCGGUUGAGGGCGAGGUAGUGCUGCAACACGAGACGAAGAGAGCUGACGACCCGCUCCAGUCUGAUGAGCAACAACAGACAAGGGGAGCAACCGCAGGCUGUGGGCUCCCAAUCUGCACAAACGCCGCUGUCCAUGAACGGCCACUCCAACACGGCUGAGAAGGGGCCAAUGCGCUCGCUCAGCGAUGAACCCCCAGCCGCCCUCAUCACAGACUCGCCGUCCAAGGCCAAGGAUGGGUUGGAGCGCUUCGCGCAAGCCAAGGCCGACAUUCGCUCCGCGUUUGACAACAUCAAGAACGUGCUUGCUCAAAUGCAACGCGGUCUGCAAGAGUGGAUUGUGCCCGAGAACCAGCACGACGCAGACUCGCUCAAGACGCAGGUGGCGGGGGCGCUGCAGAAAGCGCAAGACCUGGACCAGGCCGUCGCACGCGACGCGAUGAAGGUUGUCUUUGUCGGUCUCACCAGCGCUGGCAAGAGCACCUCCAUCAACGCCGUUCUGCGCUCCAGGGUGCUUCCAUCUGGGUUUGGACAGACGACAAACCGCUUCAUCAACCUGCACCCCACGCGCGAGGCGACAGCGCGGCUGGUUGACGCAUCAACAGGGAAGCAGUACGAACUGCCCGAGCUGCAGGAGCUGGCAAACGCGCUCUCGGAUAUGCACGAGGGCGACGACGACGAAGACGACGCAGACAUCAGCGAUCCGCUUGACCUGUACUGGCCGACGUCCGCGUGCGAAGUGCUGCGCAACGACCUUGUCAUCCUCGACUCACCCGGCCUCCGCUUCAACAAGAAGUUUGAUGACUGGAUCGAUCACACCGCCUCGGAUGCAGAUGUGUUUGUGCUGGUCGUGAACGGCGAGAUGGCACUGGGCCGCGAAGCAACAGAGUUUUUUGAGCAAGUCAGGCGCAAGUUUUCGAAGCCAAACGUUUUUGUGCUGUUCAACCGCUGGGAACUGGCACCCAAAGGCCAGCGGUGCGAUCGGAGCCGCAAGCAGCUGCUGGGGCUGGCCAAGCGCCUUCUCGUCGACACGCUCGACCUCAUCCCACAAUCAGAGGUCAGCCAGCACGCUCUGGCGUUUUCUGUGUUUGAGGAAGAGUUUGCCCUGGCCACAUCGCGCCACGCCAUUGACACGCGCUUCCACAGCAAAGUCGUCGAGGGACUCGAGGUUGUGCGGGAGUGUGAGGGCGUGAUGCGUACGGUCGUUGAAGCGCUUGAUGGCCAUCUCGAGCGGCGAAACGCCAAACUCAAAUCCGCAGUCGACAAACUCAACAAAAUCCAGGCAAAGCUCCCCGACAUUGUGGAGCGCGCAGCAAGCAUCGCCCACACUGUUCCGGACAAGGUUCAGCGAUACAUGCACACGAAGAUGACAGAGAUAUUGUCACAGCGUCUCCAAAGCAUUGUGGACGACUUCAUGUCACUGUCGGACUUUGAGGACGAGGAGAGCAUCGAGUUGGAGAAGCAGGAGCUCAGCACACACGUCGAAUCACAACUGCAGGUUGAGUUGAAUGACUCGUGUGCCCCCCAUGUCCAGCAACUCUACUCAAAGGCGUUUACGGACAUCACUGCGCUUUUCAAGGAGCUGUUGCCGGAAAACUCCUCGCCCGAGCGCUACGUGCAGAUGGCUUUCCGAAGCAACAUGACUCUCGACUGCACACACUUGCCAGAAAACUUUCACGAGGACCUUGCGUUUCACUUCAGCUGGGGAUGGCAGUCCCUCGGUGCAUUUGUGCCUGAUGCCGUGCGACUGACACUGGAAACGUUCACCUCUGAUCUCUUCAGCCGCUUCUCUCUCAGCUACAAGCGCGCCUUCCGCUCACAAGCCAACAGAGCUGAAGCGCGUGUUGAGGACGACGCGCAGGCGCUGGAUUCUGCUCCCAGCCAGCCAAGGAGACUCACAGGCAGGCUGUCACGCUUUGCAUUUGACGUGGCAUACAUUUGCUGGGACAUCACAACGCACACGCCGUACGGUCUGAUGGUUGCUGCAAGCCUCCCAUACGCAUACCGCCUCGUCCGCAGGCCGAUGAUCCGGAAUCUGAUUGGUGGCUGCAUCUUCGUGUACACGGCGACGUAUGCAUAUGAGUACAUGAGCUUCACAACGGCGGCAAAGGAGCGACUGUUCAGACAACAGUUUGCGGCCCAUGCGCAAGAGAAACUCAAGGUGACUGCGUCGUCCCGCGCGCGCGACGCAAAGGACAGCAUCCAGCUCGACCUGAGCGAAACACAGCAGAAGCUCGCAGACGCUGUUGAACAACACAAGGCGCAGUUGCAGACCACCAUCGCUGAUUUGCGCAACACAGUGGAGCGCACAAAGAAUGCACUGUGCGCGGCACAGGAUCUCAAGUCCAGUGUGUCGCAACAACACCUCAAACUUGUGUCCCUCAAGGACAAAUACUUCCAGGAAUGAGUAUCAUCUUUCUUGCUUCGUCGUGCCAGCGUGCAUUGUGGUGCGCUCUGUUGUUUGUGUGGUAGUUGAAAGGUGCGCUGUGUGUGGAAGCGGAGUUGUCACAUGCUGUCAUCGUGUCGCCCGUUCAUUCAAAGUGAAACCAAACACAUUCAUCAGCAAC